ACAAUGCGUGCCUGUUGGCGCUGAUGUGCUGCCGCUGUUGUCAGUGCUGCUCGCAGCUGAUCAUCGACGGCUGCAAACGAGCUUAAAGGAGGUGGGGCAACUUGUUUUUGCGAAGGCUGCUGAGAUAACGAGAGGAAAAGUGACUGAGAAAGAGCAGUAAGUUGUGUGAGCGGGGCAAGGAGCUGAGCAUCCAUAAUCCAGAUGACGAAAGGUUGCUGUGAACCCACCUCACUUCCAACCUCGUCUCGUCCGUCUUCUUCGCUUAAACAAUGUCAGCCUAUCCUGCAUACACCAUGGGCGGUCUCUGUAUCGUCGGCGGCAUCACUGGGUAUGCAAGAACUCGUUCGGUUCCUUCACUCGUUGCUGGUAUCGGCGUUGGUCUUUUGUUCCUAUGGAGUGCAGAGGUCAUCAGGAAAGGCGCUCCUAAUGGGUUGGAGGGCGCCUUAGGUGCUUCGGCCCUGCUUUUGCUCUCAUCUCUUCCCCGCAUUACCAAGGGCCCGGUACCCCUUGUGCUCGCUGCAACGAGUAGUGCUGCGGGCGUGUACUAUGGCACGAAGGUGUACAACUUGCGUAACUAGUGAAACUAGGCUGUCUUCUUGUACUAGUAUCUAUCGCGCGGUUUUGACUCAAUUAUCAUCACGUUUCCUCAGUCCUUGCCUAUAAGCCAGCUUACACAGCGGCGGUUUUAGAGUUUUGCCUCAGGCAAGAUUUUAAUAGAUGAGAAUAAUAAAUUAGCCAUUCGUACUUAUUUCACUACUGGGAUAACGACAAAUUGCGACUGAGGGCAAAAUAUUAUCCUUCACGGCUGUAGCGCUGAGCGAACUUGAUGGUGGUG